AUGAAAUCGGCUAAUAAAUCUGCGUCUAUGAUAGUAACCAUGUUUACUUAACAGAAGUAUCCUGUUAUCUAAUGUUUAGCUAAGAAUUAUAACUUGUAUAAGCGAGGAAGGAAUUUGAUUAACUUACAAGAGAGAUAGCAGAAAGAAGAAAGAAGCUGUUAUCAUAAAUUGACAAGGGUAAGAGUAAGGAGAAAGAAAAAGUGGAUGCAAAUAAAGCAGAAAAAUUCAAAAAUAUGGUACUUAAUAUAUUUAAAAAUUAAGGAUGAACAUAGAAUCCCAUUAGAAGAACUUGAGUAGAGAUUUUAAACAAGUUCAAAAGAUGGAUUAACUAAAGAUGUUGCCAAUUAAAGAUUAUUGGAAGUUGGAAAAAAUGAAUUAACUUAAAAAGAAAAAGUACCUUGGUAUAUAAAAUUAAUACAUGAAUUAACUUCUAUGUUUUCAAUGCUUUUGUGGGUUGGAUCAAUCUUAUGCUUUAUAGCUUAUGGAUUGUCUCCUGAGGAUCCUUCUAAUGUAAAAUUUAUAUUAGUAUUCUAGUUAUAUUUGGGUAUUGUUAUAGUAGUAGUAAAUACACUGACAGGAGUUAUAACAUUUUUCUAGAAUGCCAAAUCAGAAGCAAUAAUGGACUCCUUUAAAAAUUUCAUACCUCCUGAGACUUUAGUAAUAAGAGAUGGAUAAUAAUAAAAAUUACCGGCUUCAAAUUUAGUACCUGGUGAUGUAGUGAUUGUUGAAAAUGGAAAAAGAAUUCCAGCAGAUCUUAGAAUAUUGGAGAGUAAUGAAAUGAAGGUUGAUAAUUCAAGUUUGACAGGAGAGUCAUUAUCAUUAAUGAGAACUCCAGAAUGCACAAAUCUUGUGAAUCCUUUAGAAACAAAGAAUUUAGCCUUUUUUGGAACUCUAUGCAAGGAGGUAAUUUAAUAUCUUAUUAAAUAGGGUAAUGGAAAAGGUUUGGUUAUUUUUACAGGAGAUAAUACUGUAAUUGGUUAAAUAGCUGGUUUAGUAUAAAGUUCUGGAAGUGAAGAUACUACAUUAAGAAAAGAACUUAAUAAUUUUAUAAAGAAUAUAAGUGCAAUAGCAACAACAUUUGGUGUAAUCUUCUUUGUUUUGGGUUUUGUGAUAGGAUAUCGUAUAAAUAAAUAUUAUAUUCUUAGCUCCAAUCACAAAUCUUGUUUUUGGAAUAGGAAUUAUUGUAGCCAAUGUUCCAGAAGGACUUCUAGCCACAGUUACAGUAGCAUUAACAUUAACAGCAAAAAAGUUAGCUUAUAAAAAGGUUCUUGUGAAAAAUUUGGAGGGAGUGGAAACCCUAGGAUCAACGUAAUAAUCUAUUUAAAUAAUAGAUCUUGUAUAUGUUCUGAUAAGACAGGAACAUUGACUUAGAAUAAAAUGACUGUUGAAAAUUUAUGGUUUAAUAACAAAAAGCAUAGAGGAAUGAAUUUAGAAAAAAUGGGUCCAAAAUUUAAAUAUGAAUAUGAUAUUAAUGAAAUAGGUUUUAAAACACUUUAAGAAACAGCAGUCUUAUGUUCAGAAGCAACAUUUGAUAAUUCUUUACCUUAAGAUUAAAAGAUUAGAAUAUAGAAUGCACUUGGUUUGAAUCAAUAAUAAAAAGAUUAAAAAUUAAAAGAAGCUAAUGAGAAAUGGGAAUAAAAUUUCAAUAAGAUGCUUUGUCAAGAUAAACCUACUAUAGGAGAUGCAUCUGAAACUGCUUUAAUAAAAUUCUUCUAACCAAUAAGUGAUAUCUAAAGAAUGAGAUAAAGUAGAACACCUGCAAAAGAUUCAGAAAAUAAGUUUGCAAAAAUGCCUUUUAAUUCUAAUAAUAAAUAUGCAUUUAUCAUAGUGGAAUAUGAAACUUAAGAUUCUCAUUAUUGCUUAUUAACAAAAGGAGCUCCAGAGAGAAUAUGGAAAUUAUGUGAUUAAGUAUAUAAAGAUGGAAAAAUAGAAACAAAAGAUGAGAAAUGGGAAAGAUCUUUUGAUUAGAUAAAUGAAUAAUUUGGAAGAUAAGGAGAACGAGUAUUAGGAUUUGCCAAAUUACAUUUACCUAAAGAAUAAUUUCCAAUAGGAUAUUAAUUUAAUCUAGAUAAAAUGAAUUUUCCAUUUAAUAAUUAAGUUUUUGUUGGUUUAAUUUCAUUAAUUGAUCCUCCUAAAGAUAAUGUUCCUUAUGCUGUUAUUAAAUGUAAAACUGCAGGGAUCUAAGUUAUUAUGGUUACUGGAGAUUAACCAGUCACAGCUACAGCCAUAGCUAGAUAAUGUAAUAUAAUAACAGAGAAAACAGUUGAUGAAAUAAUGAUAGAAAAAGGUAUAUCAUUUGAAGAGGCAUUCCAUUAAUCAAAUGCUUUAGUAAUUCAUGGUGAUAAAUUAACUAAAAUGGCAAUUGAUGAUGAAGGUUUACCAGAAGAUGAAAAAGGAAGAUAAUUAUAGGAAUGGUUAAGUAAACCCUAAUUGGUUUUUGCAAGAACAAGUCCAGCUUAAAAAUUAAUUAUUGUAGAUGGAUGUUAAAAAAGAGGACAUAUUGUAGCUGUUACAGGAGAUGGAGUAAAUGAUAGUCCUGCUAUUAAGAAGGCUGAUAUUGGAGUUGCUAUGGGUAUUACAGGAUCUGAUGUUGCUAAAGAUGCAGCAGAUAUGAUAUUGUUAAAUGAUGAUUUUUCAAAUAUUGUUAUAGGAAUAGAAGAAGGAAGAAAGAUCUUUGAUAAUUUAAAGAAAAGUAUGGCAUAUUGUUUAACAUCAAAUAUUUCAGAACUAGUUCCAUUUGUUGCAUUUGUCAUCUUUAGAUUACCUUUACCUUUAACUACUGUAUUAAUAUUGUGUAUUGAUUUGGGAACUGAUGUAUUUCCAUGCACAACUUUUGUAUUUGAAGAUGCAGAAAUUGAUAUAAUGACUAGGAGACCAAGAUCUAAAGAUGAUCAUUUGGUAGGGGGUAAAAUGUUCAUAUAUGCUUAUUUGCAGAAUGGUUUUUUGUCUACAUAUUGUGGGUUUUUCUAAUGGUUUGCAUCAUUUUAUGAUUUUGGAUUCUAUCCUUCAGAUUUACUUUAUAUUGGCAUAAGAAAAACUAUACUACCAAAAACUAAUGAUAUUUUUGAUCCUAAUGAUCCUUGGUUUGGAAAUACAAAUCUAAAAGAAUUAUAUAAAGAUGGAGUUUGUACAGAAUUUCCUGAAUCUAAAUCUGAGGAAGUAGAUUGGAUUUUUGCAAAUCAUUCUAAACUUGAUUUGAGGAUGGCUUAUCUUGAAUGUAAAGAUGGUAAGAUUUAAUAAUCAUUUGAAUGGGCAUAAUGUACUGUUAAUUUAGUUUCUCCAUAUACAAAUAGACCUUAUUGUUAUACAACUGAGGCUUCAAAUUAUGCUUAGACUACCUUCCUUUAUGGAAUUGUAGUUGGAUAAAUUACUAAUUACUAGGGUUUAAGAUCAUUAAUUAAUGCUGGAACAUUUUAAGGUAAUUUAUUGAAUUAAAUUUAUUAGGUUUUUCUAAUUAUUAUAUGUUUUUUGCCUUCUGGGUCGAAUUUAUGUUAACAGUUUGUUUAUCUUAUGUACAAGUAUUUAAUGCUGUGUUUGGAACUAGAGAUGUGUUAUUUAUUCAUUAUGGUACAGGAGCACUUCCUUUUGCAUUAGUGAUGUUGAUUUGGGCAGAAGGAAGAAAAUAUUUAGUAUCUAUUUUAAUUAUAAUAUCUAGAUUCGUCGUUUUAAAUCUAAAAAUUCAUAUCCAAGUUGGUGGGAGAGAUGCGUUUAAUUCUGA